GGACACGCUGAUUUCAUUGUCUGAGGAGGCAGUGAAGACCCAGGAAAAAUCUCGCUGAAUACGCCUGCCCCAGAACUGCCUUGAUCUGGGAUCUUCUUUCUUUCCUGUGACCGCACCACACCCGAGAUGAAUCUACGUUCUGUAUUUACUGUAGAGCAACAAAGGAUUUUACAGCGUUAUUAUGAAAAUGGAAUGACAAAUCAAAGUAAAAAUUGCUUUCAGCUCAUAUUACAGUGUGCACAGGAGACUAAGCUGGACUUCAGUGUAGUCAGGACGUGGGUUGGCAAUAAAAGAAGAAAAAUGAGUAGUAAGAAUUCUGAAUCAGGAGCAACAACAACAGGAACUGUUUCUGGUACUUCUUUGGCAGCUCCAGAUGUUACAGUCAGAAAUGUGGUUAAUAUUGCUUCACCCUCAAGUCAACAGUCUUCUUGGACAUCGCCCAAUAAUGAUGUCAUCAUAACUGGUAUAUACAGUCCAGCCAGUUCAUCAAGUAGACAAGAGACAACCAAGCAUUCAAAUACACAAAUUACAGAAGCACAUAAAAUCCCUAUCCAGAAAACAGCCAGUAAAAAUGAUACUGAGUUUCAGUUGCACAUUCCUGUUCAAAGACAAGUAGCACACUGUAAAAAUGCCUCUUUACUCUUAGGUGAAAAAACAAUUAUUUUGUCAAGACAGACAAGUGUGCUAAAUGCUGGAAAUUCUGUAUACAAUCACACAAAGAAAAACUAUGGAAGCUCUUCAGUGCAAGCCUCUGAGAUGACGGUACCUCAAAAGCCAUCUGUGUGCCACCGACCUUGCAAAAUUGAACCAGUUGGAAUUCAAAGGUCAUAUAAGCCUGAACACACAGGUCUAGCAUCACACAACUUAUGUGGGCAAAAAUCAUCAGUUAGAGACCCUUACUGCAGAACACAAAAUUUGGAAAUCCGUGAAGUAUUUUCACUGGCAGUUAGUGAUUACCCACAGAGAAUUCUGGGAGGAAAUGCCCCACAGAAGCCUCCUAAUUCAACAGAAGGAACUUGUUUGUCCAUUGCAAUGGAGACUGGAGAUGUUGAUGAUGAAUAUGCCAGAGAGGAAGAAUUGGCAUUGAUGGGAGCACAGAUACCAAGCUACUCAAGAUUUUAUGAAAGUGGCAGUUCCCUUCGAGCUGAGAACCAAAGUACAACUUUGCCUGGACAAGGAAGAAAUAUGCCAAAUUCACAAAUGGUGAAUAUUAGAGACUUGUCAGACAAUGUACUGUAUCAAAACAGAGAAUACCAUUUGACACCACGGACCUCAUUACAUACAGCGUCUACUGCAAUGUACAGUAAUACAAAUCCAUCACGAAGUAAUUUUUCUUCACAUUUCGCAUCAUCAAACCAAUUGAGGUUAUCACAAAACCAAAACAAUUACCAGAUUUCAGGAAACCUUACUGUGCCUUGGAUUACAGGGUGUUCUAGAAAAAGAGCACUACAAGAUCGCACUCAGUUCAGUGACCAAGACUUAGCCACUCUUAAGAAGUACUGGGAUAAUGGCAUGACCAGCCUUGGCUCUGUUUGUCGAGAAAAAAUUGAAGCAGUUGCAACGGAAUUAAAUGUUGACUGUGAAAUAGUUCGGACAUGGAUUGGGAAUCGAAGAAGGAAAUAUCGUUUAAUGGGGAUUGAAGUUCCACCUCCAAGAGGAGGCCCUGCUGAUUUUUCUGAGCAGCCUGAAUAUGGUUCUUUGUCUGCACUCACAUCAGGAGAGGAAGCUGGUCCUGAAGUAGGAGAGGAUAAUGACAGAAACGAUGAAGUAUCCAUCUGUUUGUCUGAAGGAAGUUCUCAAGAGGAGUCAAAUGAAGUUGUUCCAAAUGAGGCAAGGGCUCAUAAGGAAGAGAACCACCAUGCAGUAUCUGCAGAUAAUGUGAAAAUAGAAAUUAUUGAUGAUGAAGAAAGUGAUAUGCUAAGUAAUUCUGAAGUAGAGCAAGUGAAUUCUUUCUUGGAUUAUAAGAAUGAAGAAGUCAGAUUCAUUGAAAAUGAGUUAGAGAUUCAGAAGCAAAAGAAUUUUAAACUUCAGACAUUUGUAAGAAGCUUGAUACUAGCUAUAAAAGCUGACAAUAAGGAACAACAACAGGUGAAUCUUAGUUUUAGUAAUAGUUUCGACCAGAGACACAAAAAGAUAUUUCAACACAGCUUAUCAAGUUACUGAAGCUUGACUAGUCGUGUUUUUGUAACCAUUACAUCUUUCUUCCUCUCUCCUUUUCCUGUCAUCCAGAUACACUUUUACUCAGGAAAGUAGACUGAAAAUUGAAAAUAAAAAACAUUAAAAACUUUAUAACCUAGAUAAAUCUUGGGAUUCAUUUUUAAACUCCUGUGAGAAUUUGACAUAAGUUAAUGAUUGAAAAUUGAAGUGACUGCUAGUAUAUAAUUGCAAAAUAUUGAUAUUCUUCUAUAAUUAACCCAAAUAUUUGGGAGGAGGAGGAAGAGCAUUAUGGAAAAGUAAUUUAAUCAACAUGAAGUCAAAUAAAUUGCUAAGUGUAUAGUAACAAAUUGUUGUAAAAGAUUCAUCUUAAUGGGAACUCUUUCUUGCUGCAAGUGACAAAUAUUAAUAAGAUUCACAUUCUACUACUAAAUUUGUAUAACUAAGUUAGAUGAAAUGUUGCACAAGUAUUAUAAGUUUAUCACCAUCAUCAUAAUAUUUUUUUCAGUUCUUAGAUUUUGUGAAACGGGAAGUCAAGGUAAGCCACUGAGUUUCCCUUUCUUUAAUCUAGUCACUGAGCUUUGCCACUGAAUUUACCUCAUUUCCAUAUGAGGCUUGUACAGAGUUAUCAGCCAAGGGUAAUACCCAAAAGAAUUAUACCACUUUGGUUGUAAAUCACAGUUCUCUGAAUUUCCUGAAUACUAUUCUAUGAGUACACUCCUAAAACGGGCAUACUACCCAGUUGUUCUAUUAGUAGGUACCAGAUGGCGCCACACAAUUUUUUGCAGACCUUCCCUUCCAGGGUACCAGACAGCAUUACCAAGACCCAUAGAAAGGAAAAUGCCAGUUUCUCCCUGUGCACACAAUAUCACAUAUUUGUGAGUUGGCAGUGUGGAACUGUAUCA